UAUUUUUUUGUCCUGUACAUCUGCAGCUGCGGGGUUGAUUAGCCAGUGUAAGACUAUAAUCUUGCUAAUUUAUACUUAGUCUGUUUAUAUGGCAUUGGUAAUGGGUACAGGAGUAUGUGAAAUUGUUAGGUUGUUAGCCACACAUGGUGACGCGCGCCCCUCCCGUCGCACGGCAGUCUUUUAUUUAGUACAUUCAGUAGACAGUUUCAUCCGCGCCGGACUUGCACGUUGACGCAUGUGUACAAAAUCGUAGCUCAAAAGAUAAUCUGCUUCCCAUUGCAGUAAACAUUACCGUAUUCGUGAAAGUGUCUUAUUGGAAAGUUUUAUUGGAUUACGUUUUCUGAACAACAUUCUGUUCAUGUUUUUCUGGAAGAGAAGAUCAUGUGAAUUAGCGGUAAGCAUGGAAGACAGUACAACAAGCGCUGUCGAGGACCAAGAUCCGCCCUUGGUCGAGGUUCAGACCAAUGAGGAGAGCCCCGGCCAGCGCGAGGUGUUGACCGGCAGCGACGGGCUCGCUACCAGCGGCAGCGCUACCCUCACUAAUGAUGAAAGCGGGGUCGGUUUGGAUUCCUUAGACGACUGCAAUAAGAAUGUAACGACAGAAUCGUUAGUGGACCAUGAACCGUGCGAAGUGAACGAUGAUGCUCGUUCGUUGGGUGAUUUAGACAGCAUACCGGCGGGUGAUGAGUUAGUCUUGGGCGCGGCGGGAAGCGACAGCGGUGUCGAAGGGUGCGGCCGAGCACUUAGCAGCGGCGGUGGCUCCCGGUCUUGUGCUUCCAGUGUGGUCUCAUGUGGGUCAGGCUGCGGCUCAGAGAGCUCGUCGGUGGCCGGCGCGCCGCCGCGGCCCCGCCGCAGGGUCAACGUCACCGUCACCGAGCCGAAGCGGAGCUCACCCCUCGGCGCCUCCACGCCUCGUCCCGUCACGGCGCCGCGUGGCCCCAACCUAGCAACCAGAGAACGCGCCAGAAGUAGAGAGAAACCGACUCCGCCCGAGAAACCGCGGCCUCUCACGCCGAAGCCGCGAAUCCGUCCUACCGGUGAACUGCCGAACCUCGUCCGUGAGAGUCCCGCACUACGAGCGAAACCAACCAAGACUUCAACAGCACGUUGCCGGACGCCUAACUCCCCUAGCGAGGAGAAGAGAUGGCCUUCCAACGGACCGCGGCUGACGACCCCUACGGACUCUACCGCGACGCGUGUAGCCGCUGACAAAUAUGGAACGUUGCCGCGUAGGAGGCGUGAGAACGGCGAACCAGACGGUUCGCCUAAACACGACGUCACGCCACCGACUUCCAGGCGGCCCACCAUCACGCGGUCGGUCUCCACGCGCUCCACGAUUAAGGCGCGCGUGAGGAUCUACGCUGAGAAGAAUUGCCAAACUAUUCUAUUAGGAACUGACGUGGAAUCGGCUUUAGCCGGGAUAACGCCUAAUAUUGAAGUUAGCCGCGAGAUAUCCCGGUGUCACCGCGGCGUGCAGGCGAGCGCGCGCGACACGGAGACGACGCGGCUGGCGGCGGCGGCGGCGGCGGCCGAGGCUGCAGCGGCGGAAGAGCGAGAGCGCCGACAACACGCUGAGGCGCAGCUGGCCGCCGAGCGAGCGGCGCGACUCGCCGCUAUUGCGGAGCUAGAGAGGAACUCGCAGCGGCUGCUGGAGCUCGCUGGGGCUGGCGCCGGGUCGGGUGCCGAGGGGUGCCUCCGGGCUCUAGAAGAGCAGCUACGCGCGGCGGGCGAGCUGGCGGCGCGGCAGCGCGGCGACAUCGACGCGCUACGCGAGCACUGCGACCGCCUGCAUCACGAGGCAUGUUCAGCGCGCGAGUCCGCCCGCGUCCUAGAGGCGCGACUGGCCGAAGCCGAACGCGAGGCGGCGGAGAUGCAAGAUUUCCUGGCCGCCGAGACGGGCGCGCUGGGUGACUCCCUGCGCGAAGCGGAGGCCGAACUCGCGCGCGCCAACAAAGACCUUGAGCGACGACGCGCAGAAUGCCGGCAACUAGUGCGCAUGUGCGAGCAGCGGCGACAAGAAGCCCUGGGCGCCGCGGCGCGCGCGCGCUCCGGCGGCGGCGCCGCGCAUGCGCUGGACGCGCUGUCACGGCGACUAGCGAGACUCACCGAUGCGGUGGCUAGAGCCUACGCCUUACCCAGACACGCGCUCGAGCCACAGGUCUACCAUAACGACGCAUUCAGCCGCAGCGACAGCGGAGAAGCGUUAUCGCCGGACGAGGAGCGCGGCGGGCUGCUCACGGCCGUGGCCAGGGCGCUCCGCUCCGCGCCUCCUCCGCCCGGCGUCGCGCCCGACGACGACCGCUCGCGUGUCUCCGACGACAACGACAACUCCGCCGACCUGCUCGACUCCGAGACCGAGCCGUGCCUCGUCACCGACCCCGAAUGCGCGGAAGAGUGGUGGUCGGGCGCGGAGGCGGGCGGCGCGUGGAGCGGCGAGGAGCUCUCCCCGGAGCGCGAGUCCUGCGAGCCGGACUCCGCCUCCGAGCGGGACUCGCUCCGCAACCUGUCGGCCGCGAUCGCGCAGCGGCACCGCUCCGAGGCGGAGGACGCGGAGCGCGGCACGAUGCUGGAGCGCGUGCUGGCGCUGGAUAACCGUCUGAGUGAACUGUUGAGGGCGCUGCGCUUGGCCGCUGCGGCCGCCGCUGUCACUGAUGACGCCGACUCUAUGAGGUUGGCGCAGGCGCUCAAAGACAAGAUAGACGUGACGGAAAAGAACGUGGCGGACGUGGUGGUGAAGAAGCUGGCCGAGCUCGACGCCAGCAAGAACAUGAUGGAGCAGUACCGCCAGUCCGUCGAAGCGCUCAAAAAACAAUUGGCACAAACCGGUGAAGCGGAUGACUUGGAUUUCGUCGAGGAGGAGCUGUCGGUGUGCUCGGAAGGCGAGCGGCGGCUGCGCUACGAGGCGCUGGACGCGGCGCUGGGCGCGCUGGCCGGCCGGCAGCCGCUCGUGCUCGCCUGGCCGCGCCUCGCCGCGCUGCAGCGCCGCCUCGAGCGCCUCGCCUUCGCCGUCGCCGUCGCGCAACCCCCGGCCCCGGCUGCACCGCGCUUGCCUGUGCGUGUGCAACCCACGCCCACGCCCACACCCACACCCACACCCACGCCGCUCCACACUACCGCUUAAAUCACUGCUUCUUAAGGUGGGUUCCCACGGCCCGUCGUUUCACAGAUCUGACCGCGCCUCAGAUCGUGGGAACGGUCGCAUCCAAUGAGGCCUGCUAGCCGCACAGACAUCCACAAGCGUGCCUAACCUGUAAUAACACGGGCCGUGGGAACCCACCUUUACAGGGUAAUUUGGUGAGUACCAUACCCUUUUACCCGGAUACCAUUAGAUUGAGCUGUUUCUUCUUUAAUAUCAUUGAUGUAUUGUAUAUAUUUAAGAAUAUUGAAAAAACGAGUCAAACCGACGCUAAGGUUUGUAGACUCCCACUGUUUGCGUCGAUUCGAAUUCGAUAGCCCCAGGGAGAUUUUCUACUAUCAUUAAUGUAUUUUACAGUACAUAUGGUGCUACUUUACCGCCCUAGUGCGGUAAUUAGUACAAUGCCUAUACCUAUGUCGAAAAUUUAAAGGGCCGUAUGUACUGUAAAACGUACAAUACACGUGCGAAUUUCCUACUUCUCGCACUUGUAUCGUAGUGUACUAUUUUGCACGUCGAUAGUGUACGAGUGAUAAAGGUUUGCAACCUUACUGAGAUCGAAUCGACUGAUAUUAGGAUGCUGGCGUGUAUACGUGUUUGGUACCAAACGAAUGCUACGUUUAAUGUGCACAGACGUUUAAAAAAUCGGUAGAUAAACAUUUGUCAAUUUUAAAAGAGAUCUCCCAUGAUACUAACGUUUAAUCGACAUAUAAAUUAAUUGAAAUACGUUUAUGCUGGUCAUAAUCGUCAAUUUAUUCUACUUGUUACAUUUCAAAUGAAGUUUUUCGCCGCUCUAAAUAAAACGACAAAACGGUAAACGUUGAAAAUAUUGAAAUAACACUAUUUAAAAUAUUUAAUUACGAGAUGUUAUGGUAAAAAGCACAAAUAACUAAGUACCAUUAGAAACUAAUUCGUUGCAUGAAAUUGAAAUGUUUAGCAUAGAGAAUUGCAAGAUACCUAGAUAGAAAGCAGUCGAGCUUACUGAAGUUUAGCUUCAAAGAGGUAUAUGUAUAAGUAGCUAGACUCAGACCAAGAGUUCCUGGGACCUAGAGUAAGGACGCAAAGCACGAACAAUUUUGAACCGCAUGUUUCUAUCUCUAACACUCGCGUAUAGGUAGGGGAGAUGUGUGAAAAAUGAUCCCCUUGAGGGAAAAACUUUACUGUGUUCAAAGUUGAAGAGAAAAUCACAAGAUUUGGAUAUUUAUGAAUAGUCCAUUUACUUAUCUAAGCAACUGCAUACUCAUUUCUCAUAUUUUGCAUGUAGUUUAUUAAUUACUGUUGACCCGCCCCGGCUUCGCACGGGUAGUUCAACUAAUUUACACAAAACCUUUACUAAUUAUACAUAUAAACCUUCCUCUUGAAUCACGCUUCUAUUAAAAAAACCGCAUCAAAAUCCGCUGCGUAGUUUUAAAGAUCUAAGCAUACAUAGGGACAGACAUACAUACAGAGCAGAAAGCGACUUUGUUUUAUACUAUGUAGUGAUGUUAUGUUUUCUAAAAGUCUAGUAAAGGAUCAUUUUAUGCCUAUGUAUGGAUAAAACUAUCCCUAGUGUAGGGUUAAAAUGAUCACAGAUGAUUCCUUUGUGAUAUCAGGAUUUCUUCGUCUAAUCAUUUAAGCCAGUCGAUUCCAGUGUUUCUUUAUUUUCAGAAGAUGGCUGCUGUUUUUUUUCUCUUUUGGCCUUCUUUUUAACGCCAUAAAAGGUACAGUUCUGCUUGCUAUUUUAAAAGACGACCCAUAAUUAAAACGCAUUAAGAGCCCUUAGCAUGUCUUCCUAAGGUUAAUUUUUCGGAAGUAAGUGGCUUUGUGUACAUAAAUUCGCGACAUGAUGUUAUGUAGGUAGCUUUGGCCUGGACAGGAAAUGCUCAUAGUGAAUUAUUAUUUAUUAAUGGGGUAAAAUGAUUUCAGGGACCAUUUUACGCCUACGAAAAGGGAUCAUUUUACCUCAAACACCAAAUUUGAAAACAUCAAUAAAAAUAUAACUUUAAAAUUAAACUUGCGUCAGUAAACAUCGUUAAAGUAUAGCUAAACAUCAUUAAGUCCCGACAGUGAAACGCAAUUUGAAUAAAACGUAACAUGCUAAAAGUAUGCAAUUCGAAAAAUAGGCGUACCAUAGAUUAGACAUAUAUUUUUUAAUUAUUUCCUAAUAAAAUCACACAGCAUGCUCGUACCGCCAUGACACUUUCAGGGGCAACUGGCGGGGUCACGGGGCAGACGUUUAUUGCAUAUUUAGAUAGAUGGCACCAGUAAUUGCUCAGAUACGACGGGGAAUCAUUUUACCUCGAUGGAGCGUAUUAUACACAUGUCCCCCAUAUUGUUGUCAUUGCCCGCCGCCGGCUUCAAGGGUGGGACAGCGAUGUAAUUACGCGGGUGCAAUAGAGAUAGGAACAUACGGCUGAAUGUAUGAAAUUGUUCGUGCUUAGCGUCCUUACUUUAAACGUAACUACUUCUCUUCACAAAAACGACUGAAAACAAUGUCCUCAUAUUUAGCACGUUGGCGUGAGUUUUACUACGGAAGAGGGGUCACUCAGUCCAAGCGCAGCCGGGACCGAGGAGAUUUUUACUUGUCAGCCAACAGGCCAACACAAUAGGAUGUAAAAUAAGCUUUAAAAGUGUGGUCAGAUUUGUCAUAUUCUGCAAUGUCGAUGUGUUUGUUGUAAUGAUAUGAGUGGUGUGUGUUGAUGAACAAAUGAAAACUUUUCGGUCCCCGUGUAGAGUUAUAUCUGUUGUUAUUUAGAACGCAGAGUUAUAGUUUGUCAAAGGACUGUCUCAUUUCGAACAUGACAGAGAGAAUCAUACUAUCUUUGUCUUACACUAGUACUAGCACCCAAAAGAAAGGGAUGAGUAUAAUUUUCCUGGUUGUUACUGACUGACAAAUUGGUUUGACCAACUAUAUAUCUGUAGGAGUUAUCCGUCCUCGUCAUGACAGAUUAUUCCUAUAAAGCUUGCCGGUAGAUAGUGCGUACAAAUACAUUGUAGAAAUGUGGGAUAUACGAAGCCAUAUUAAAAAGACUACGCUCUUGGUAAUUUAAAAUUGAUGGCAAUGAAUUUAUACGAAAUAAGACUAAUAAAUCUAGGGAAAUCUAUCAAGUAAUUGACAUAGAAUGCAAAUGUAAUAAAUUGAAAAGUUCUAUGUAAAUUUAUAAGCAAAUUUAUGUCGAAUAAGAUAUUAAAUGAUAGUGAAUGUUAGGUGUUUUAAGGAAUGGUUAUAAUUCGUUUAAAGGGACCUGGAUUACUAAUGAUCACACUGGAUUGAUCUCAAUUAUGUGCGUGCAAACAGGUUAUUUCAUUAUAUUUAAUUUUGAAUGUCUUGUACUUUUAACUUUUCGCAGUUAAAAAUUAAAAAUACUUUACCAUAUUAGGUUCUGCUUCGUUUCUCUAUUUGUAAUAUUAAGUGCUAAUUUAUAUCUCUCAUUCCUAGGAGCAUUUGAAAAUCAACUUUUCGUACAUUAUUUUUGAAAUUGAAUACUAUGACAUGUGUAACUAUAUUUCAAUGAGAAUUUCUGUAUGAAUACAAUAAUUAUAAGUGCCAUUAGUGCUAGGCCAUGUAGAUCGCAGCGCGGAUAUUGUAAGAAUAUUCUAAGUUCCAUCACAUGAGGACUUCCUAUAACAAAUCAAAUUGGUAAAUUGCUAGAAAAAAAUGUAUAUAAAAAUUUUGAUGGGUGGGGCAGGCUCUAAUGAAUUGUUUUGCGUCUAGUCAGACUGGUAUUUUUUAUUUACUUUAUAAUACAUCAGUUACAUAUCAUUUAUGUGGUAAAAAUUCAAUAUUUUUAUGAUACUUUACAAGAAAUCAUUUUUUAAUUGGCUGUAGCCAUAUUUUGUCGGAAUUUUAGUUUAUUAAAGUUAGCCUCUCGUAUAACAUACAAAAGUACAAAGUACGAGGUGUAACUACAAUUUCACUCUAUGCAAAUGCGAUAUUAUUUUGAAAUUAAUUUAAUUAUGUGAACCGCCACGCACUAGUAUUUAUUGUUAUACUACUUUCGUAAAAAAUACUGUAAUAAAGAAGACUAAUGCUAAUACAUAUUCAUAAACACCUGUUUCAGUUAACAUGGAGUUCAUAAAGCCAUGUUAACUGACAACUGUGCGUUAUGAUUUAUGAAUAAGAGGGUUAAUAUUUGCAAGCUGACAACAUUGCAACACUUGAGACUGAUAGUAUUUUAGUUGUCGUUGUUAAAGUUUGAAAUAUUGAGCGUUAAUUGUUUAUAUGUAAGAGGUAUGCCCGAGCCUCAAUUGCCACCAUAGCAAAAUUCCCUUUGGCUUAUCACACCUAUUCGUGUAAUAAUUUAUUCUAGCCACGUAAAAUGUUUGGCCUCGGGUGGAUCAACUUUUUGUGAUGUUAUAUUAUUCUGUGACGUUGCCCAAGUGACAAUAGUGGCACAGGCUGUCAGGGGAAAUGUUGCAUCGUUGAAUCACAUUCUACUGACAUGCUAAAAUAGUAGAUGCCCUAUUAUGAAAAUGGCUUAUAUCUAUCACGUAUGUAUAUGCAUGUUUGGUACAUGUUAAUCCCAUAAAAUCCGGAUAUUUACGCUAAUUCUUAUCUUAGACUACUACCCGUAUAGGUAAAUUCAUGAGAGCUGGCGCUUGAUUUGUUCUGAACGGUCGAAACUGUUCCCGAACCAGCUUUCGUGAAACGAACUAUAACCAUGGUAACGACUUCGAGUAACAGUAAAAGUUGAUUCACCCUCUUACAAACAGAGGACGUUAGGUAUUACGAGGUAAACCUUUAAGUAAACACUCAGCAUCAAAUACUCGUAGCAGUCAAAGUGGCCAAAUAUUAGGUCGUUACCUAUGAAAUUGGCGUUUUGUAUGGAGUACUUUGGUUGCUACAAAGUAUUUGACGCUGAGUGUACAAACGCCUCUGUGAUCAGUGUCACUAGUGUCAGUAACCGCUACGUCCAACCACGUCGCUUGCUUCAGGUGCUAAACAAAACACUGUUGAUUAUGUUAUAAGAAUUGGAAGAAUUCUGGAUUUGUAAUGCCUAGUUAAUGCAAAUUUUAUCCGUAGCUGAAUACUUACAUUUGUAUUAAGAAUCAAAUUGUGAAAUCAUGUGAUGUAAAUAAUGUGUAAAUAAAAUAUUCAGAAAUCUA